CCCAAACGUACUCACUCACACUUCUCCUUGCUAGCAAGCACAUCAUUUACCCAAAAAGAAAGAAAAGCAUCCAACUUCAUCCAGUUUUGUUCAUCACCAGCCAAAACAGAAUGUCGACAUUGGAAACAACACCCUCUCCGCCGGAGCAGAAGAAGGUAUUCCUGGCGGCAGUGGACGAGAGCGAAGAGAGCAUGCACGCCUUAUCGUGGUUCGUCAACAAAAUCAUGCCGGCGUCUUCCUCCGGCCACCACCGCUCUACUCUCGUCCUUCUCUACGUCAAGCCUCCGCGGUGGCUCUAUUUCUCUCCCGACGGGCACAUGUUUUCGGCUGAUGUAAUGACGGCCAUGGACAAGUACAGAAACGACGUUGCUGACUGCGUCAUGUUAAAGGCCAAAAGGGUCUGCAAAGAAGCAGCUGGUAACAAUGAUGAUGAUCAUCAUCAUCAUCAUGUGAAGGUGGAGACGAUGAUAGAGAAUGGGGAUGCGAGAGAUGUGAUUUGUCAGGUUGCUGAUAAGCUAUGUGUUGACGUUCUUGUGAUGGGCAGCCAUGGCUACGGCCCUAUCAAGAGGGCGUUUCUUGGCAGUGUGAGCAACCACUGUGCUCAGAAUGUGACGUGUCCAAUCUUGAUCAUCAAAAGGACGAAAUCCAACUAGUGGAAGAUCCCACCCCCCACCAACUUCUAAUUGCUUCGUAGUUCAUUCCAUGUUGUACGUUGUGUCUUAAAAAGGAUCAUCAUCCAACGUUGUGAUUUUUAUUUCCUCCAUUUUAUUUAGGUGCUUUGUGUUGAACCUCUAGAUUUUGCUUUUGUGGAUCGUGAAUUCUGUAAAACAUGAAGGGGUACGCUUUUUCACCCCAAAGACCCUAUACACUGUUUCAAUUCUUGGCCACUAGCGCCAAAGCAGUGGAGAAGCUCCUCGAAAACACUUUCUUCCCCCCGCUUCGAGCUUCAAGUAGAUGUACUCAUAUCCCUCUUGCCCUUCCCCUCGGCAUUAUCCUCAGUCCAACAAACUCAAGUCACCGACCAUACUACACAGUCAGCGCUACAGUGGUCGUACCUUUCUUGCUGUCAAUUUCCUCCCGAAAUCAAGCAUCCACUGGUCAGUGCUCGGUCAUGUCUAUCUCUUCGCCAUUCCAUUCUGCUAUCCCCAAUUUCCCCACUCCCUUAACCCUGCUCAUAGCCUCGCUCAUGCUACCGCCCAUAAUUUCUACGCCGCUUGCUUUCCUUCACUCUGUGCGGAGAAAAUUGCUUUCUUCUCGCGCAAAUUGUCCUUGUUAUGGGACAAUCCAAGUACCACAUCGGUUAUACAAGGGAAGGAAUCCUUGUAUAUUACUGUCCACCAAUCUCAUUAGUACGAGGCCUUUUGGGGAGGACACCCAAGAGUAAAACCGUGCGGGCUUGGCCCAAAGCGGACAAUAUCGUACUAAUUGAGCUCCCCGGUUAUGACAAGUGGUAUCAGAGCCUGGUUCGGUGCGGGGCGGUGGACGUCAGUUUGCUGGACCCUCAUUCGGUGACCUCGGGGUUUAAGAUCUGCGUUUGGUUUGGAGGAUCCAGAAGAGAUCCAUAUUUGGGCUUGGCGGAUCAAAGAGAGUUCCGCAUCUGGGAAGCAGAUCAAAGAGAGUUCUGUGUCUGGUAAAGUCCUUGUAUCGAGAAGCCCAUCGAUACAAGGCAUCUGGCGGAUCAAGAUAAUCGCUGAGGUGAGGACACGAUGUUCGUGGUCCUUGGCUUGAGGGGAGGAUUGUUAUGGGACAAUCCAAGUACCACAUCGGUUAUACAAGGGAAGGAACCCUUGUAUAUUAGUGUCCACCAAUCUCAUUAGUACGAGGCCUUUUGGGGAGGACACCCAAGAGUAAAACCGUGCGGGCUUGGACCAAAGCGGACAAUAUCGUACUAAUUGAGCUCCUCGGUUACGACAGUCCUCUUCGGUUUCACCUCUCAUUCUAUUCUUUUGCUUCUCUUUCUUCUCGGCGUCACCGCCACAGCCCUCAAAUUGGGUCUCUUACACACAUGGAUAACUGGAAAUCCUUGCCGUCACGGGGACAAUUACAGUUGGGUGAAAUGCGCGUCGCAAAUUGGUGAGUGAAAAUCUGCGCUCAGGGAAGUUUCUUAUGUGCAAGGAUUUGACGUCCGAAGAACGCCUGCGGGUGAGUUCACUGAAUCCGUGUUUACUAUGUCAGUCGAAUUCUUUAUUGCUUAGGCUGGCUCCAACCCAAGGAGCUAAAAUGCUAAAAAGCCAAAUUUGGCUUUUUUUCCUCCUCCAACCCACAAAAAAAUGGGAAGCAAAAUAUGGGUAUUGGGUUUUUGGGAGUUAAAUUUGGCUGGGUUUUGGGGUGGGAAGUUAAAAUUGGCUGCCAAAAAGGUUGUACAACGUCUGCUGGCGGGGGAGGGCCCAGGUGCGCGUCCUGCGCCCUCCCCCGCCAGCCGACUGCUUUUUUUUUUUUUCUUUUAACUUUUGUUUUUGUUGGUUGGGAAUUUAUUUUGUCAAUUUGUUUUAGAUUUUUUUUCUCUAUUCUCAUUGGUUGUUUGUGAUUGAAUUUGAAAUAUAAAUUUGAAAUAAUUGAUGUAGUGACGAAAAAACGGUCAAGAGAGGAGACUAGAGCAGGAGAAAGAGGAAUGGGCAUACAAGAGGCAAGUGAGGGAGCGUGAAGCGGAAAAGUGGGCUGUGGAGAAGAAAGAGAGGGAAGCUGCAAUACUUCAACAAAAUGUAGCUAUUCUGGAGAAGGAUUUGUCAAAGAUGACACCAAGAAAGAAGAGAUUUUGGAGGCGUAAACAAAAUGACAUUUAUGGGUACGAUCAAGAUGAUCCCAACUCAUAUGACGUCGAUUACAUUCGACCCUCUCACGAUCAAUGUGACGUCGGCUUGUAGUUUGACGGCGACUUGAUGCACCUUCAGCCAGCCUCCGACCGAUCAAACUCAAACGUAGGUGGCGAAACCUUUCGUACUCUUCGUUUUCUUCUUCUCCAGACGAUGAGCUAUCUGAGAUACUCAUGAUGAAUGUGUUUGUUUUAGAAAUGGGAAGAAGUUUUAGUUGAGUUGAUGAAAAUGAAGACCUGUCAUUUAUAAAGACAUUUGGUGCAAAAAAUGACAAAAAAACGGUCGUAAAGUAACGGAUACAAAAAAACGGUCAUAUUUGGAGUGGUCCCGAAGUUUUAACGGUAAUAUUUUAACGACUAAUUUUUGAAAAAAAAUUAUCUCGGAAUUUAAAAAAAAUUACAUCGAAAAAUUUGUAUUCAAAACUAAUAACUAGUUAUGAAAAAAUUAAAGUGAAAUAUAAAAAUUAGAGGUCAAAUAAGUAUGGUUUAUUGAAAUAAAUUGAAAAAUGGAAAUGGGAAGCUAAAUUUAGCUUUUUAUAGGGUUGGAGUGAAAAGUGGGUUUGGGGAGCUAAAAAGCCAUAUUUGGCCAUUUGGGGAGCUAAAUUCCCCUUUAUGGGUUGGAGUUAGUCUUAUGGUAACUGGUUUAACUUCCUAACUUAUAGACAAGUUAUUGUUGUCUCCUACUUUCUUUGUUUCCAAUGCCGUGGUUAAUAGUUUCUGGAAAGCGAAUGCUAAAUUCCACAUACUCAACUGCUACGGUUUCUAUUCCCAAUUCCAACUUUUUUAUUAUGUGUAGCUGCUUCAUACAACUCAAAUACAUUCUUUUUAUUUUUUAUUAAUGAGGAGGCAAAAGCCAAAUUGCAGAGGCACUGCUGCUAGCAAACACUCACAGCAGGAGCAAAACAGAAAACAAACUUACGACAACAUUAUUACGAAGAUAUAUUGUUGUAUAUAUUUUGGUUAAAAACAAUUACAGCUGUGAAAGAUCCAUGCCCUCGGUAUCUUGAUCGAUAUUUUCAGAUCAUUUUGCCAGUAGAGUUAUUUCCCUCCUACUCUCUGGUUUUAGAUGGUAAAUGUAGGAUUUCUUCCUUGGCAGGGAUCAAGCAGUUGGCAGUGAAAGGAUGUAAACGGGGAUCAACAAGUUGGCAACGGAAGGAAGGAAGGAGGUGUGCAAGUAAACAAUGGUGUUGAAAUAGGCAAGUCUUUUAAGCGAUUCGAGACGCCCUUCUCUCAAUGAGUUUGAUGCAUGUACUGGAGAUGCUAUGAAAUAGUGGGUACUGUUGGGAUGAAUAGCUUUGAAAAGCUAUAAAUGAAAUUCCUAAUUAAUUAUCCAGUAUUUUCCCAUAAUACAUAAAUAAGAUGGAUAAUUAAUAAAAGGAAUAUUAUGGAGAUAAUUAGGAAUAAUUAUCUUAAUAGAUUAUAUUUUAGUUAUGGGAGUAAUUAUCUCCCUAAUUAAAAUAUGACUUAUUCCCAAAGAAAGAGGGAAUAUUCUGGGUUUUCUGCUCCUAUAAAUUGGAGACGCCCCAGACCCUCUAAACACACCCCUAGAGAGCAGAAACACGAGAGAGAGUGAGAUUCAAAGAGCUCCGGUUUUCCGCACAAAACCGCUGAGCAAAUCAAGAGAGUGGCUGUUUUAUCCUGGAGGCGACCAGCUGAUAGACUGCUGUGCGAAUAACGAGGCAGAGCCGCGAAAGUCUUAAAGAGAGCGACCUAGUCUGCGACUCAACACAGGAAAAAUUAGGGUUACCGAUCUGGCUGAGUCGCGGACUAGGUCGCUCGUUUUAAGACGUUUGUGGCACUGCCUUCAUUGCGCACGGCAGACUAUCAGCCGGUCGCCUCCAGGAUAAAACAGCCAUUCUGAAUUUGUUGCUCAUCGGUUUUGUGCGAAAAACCGGAGCUCUAUGAAUUCACUCUCUCUCUCGUGUUUCUGCUCUUCUGAGGUGUGUUUAGAGGGUCUGGGGCGUCUCCUAUUUAUAGGAGCAGAAAACCCAGAAUAUUCCCUCUUUCUUUGGGAAUAAGUCAUAUUUUAAUUAGGGAGAUAAUUACUCCUAUAAUUAAAAUAUAAUCUAUUAAGAUAAUUAUUCCUAAUUAUCUCCAUAAUAUUCCUUUUAUUAAUUAUCCAUCUUAUUUAUGUAUUAUGGGAAAAUACUGGAUAAUUAAUUAGGAAUUUCAUUUAUAGCUUUUCAAAGCUAUUCAUCCCAACAAUCCCCCACUUGAAUAGUUUUGAAACUAUCUUGAGCAUCAACAGUUCUAUAAGAUCGGGCAUAAGCUAAGGUAUCGCGAAGAUUUGAACCUUAGCGUAGUGGUUACACUUCCGAUUUCAUAAGGGUGACUCGUAGUCUUGAACCCUAUCUCAGACAAUGUAGCACACCGGAUCUUUUCAUUGAGUGAUAUUCUCUCAUAGGCCGUGCGUUUAUGGCCAUGCACGUUAUCCCGGUUUAGUGAAUGCUCUGGCAACUUUGUGCCUCCAAAGUUCCAUAGGGAGCGGCCCCACUCCCACAUUCACAUAGGUGAGUCUAUCAGAAGUACCCCCAAAGUAAAGUACUUCACUCCACAUAGAGUAUAGAUCUCAUUAAGAGUUUAACUCAACCUCCAAGGCUUUGGGAUUCAUGCUUCACUAUGCAUGAACUUUUCUCAAUAUUACUCAUGACUUGUUAUUACCCAUUGAACCCAUUUCUUGGGAUCUCCAGUCUAUCGGGUCGGAUUACCAUCACUUGUAAUCCGUGGUUCGGUAGGCAUAAGUCCCAUACCUUCCGUAGUAUUUUGGACUUUUCUCUCUAGGUAAUCCUUUCGUCAAAGGACCAGCUAGAUUUUGUUAGGAUCUUACAGGAUCCACCCUCAUUGCUCCUAUCGUUAGGAGUUCUCUUACAGUACUGUGCUUAUGACGAAUUUGUCGUCUCUUUUCGUUCUAGAACCGGUUCCCUUCUUUAUUAAUAGCUGCGGCGCUAUCACAAUGAAUCAAGUACCGGAGGGAUCGAUCUUUCCCAUAAGGGAAUCUCUAGUAAUGACCCUCUCAAUCAACUUUCCUCUUUACUAGCCAUUGCUAGUUCUAUCAUUUCUGAUUUCUUAGUUGAUUGAGCCAGGAUCGUUUACUUCUUAGACUUCCAAGACAUAGCUUCUCUAUCGAUUUUUAAAACACAUACUCUUGUUGUCUUGGAGUCCUCUAUAGGGUAUUCUAAUCCGCAUCACUAUACCCUACCAAUACCGCAAAACCAUUGAUAACAAAUACCAAGGGUUUUCUGUUCUUUGAAGGUGUCUCAUGACCCCUUUCAAUAGCAUUUCAAUGCUUCAUACUAGGACAAUCAGUAAGCCUACCAAGUACCCCCACUAUGUCGGGUCUCAUGUUUAUCAACUGCCUCUCGCAUACUGUCGAUGUUCUUACUUUCUUACACCGUCUUUGGUGCUCUUAAAAAUUACACUAGCACCAUCAAACAUUUAUGCAGGUGUAGAACUCGUAUUUCCUCUAGAUCUAACUGUGUAGUUAAACUGAUCUAGAUGAAAUCUCUUUCAUUGUCCUAGUAAUCUGGAUCUCCGAGCAUAACACUUGCUUCAUCCAGAUCUUUUUACCUUCAUAAUUCUCAAACAACAUGGUUUUUCAUAGUAUUGACAUCACGAGUCUUUGUACCAAAGACUGAAGUGUCAUUCAUAAUGCAAGUGUCAUUCUCAAAGUUGUACUAAAUGCACUUGUCACUUUCACUUUUAAAACCAUGAGAGAUAACCAGUUUAUUCAUGCCAUUGUCUUAGAGUCUAUUUCAAAUCUUACAAUGAUUUGUCUAACUAUAGACUCCCUAAGCAUGUUCAAGAAUAACAACCCUAUAGGUUGUCCCAUGUAGAUUUUCCUAUCUAAAUCACCAUUCACAUAAACAUGUUUAACAAUCCAUCUGACGCACAACACUAGCAUUCAGAACAUACAUGGAUGUUAUUCUACAUAUGGUGAAUAGAUAACAAAAAAUUUA